AUGGCGUCCGCCACUACCUUUACGAUUUCAAGCCCUUGGAUAUUUGCCGGUCUCGAGCAGCUCUGGACCGAAAUCAAGGAGAAGAACCCCGACGACUUUGUCAUCCUCGGCUUCCCUUGCAACCAAUUCGGCGGCCAAGACCCCGGUACCGACGAGGACAUUCAGAGUUUCUGCCAAAUCAACUAUGGCGUCACUUUCCCCAUCAUGAAGAAGAUCGAGGUCAACGGCGACAACGCCGACCCCUUAUACAAGUGGCUCACGACCGAGAAGCCCGGUCUCCUGGGUCUCAAGAGGAUCAAGUGGAACUUUGAAAAGUUCCUUGUCGGCAGGGAUGGCAAGAUCAAGGGGAGGUGGGCGUCGACGACGAAGCCGGAAUCGCUGAAGCAGCCCAUCCUCGACGCGCUAGCCGAGUCCGCCUGA